GAGAAGAGCAGAGAGGCAGAAGUAGUGAGCUGCUUCCCAUUAGGUCUGUCACUGUCGGGCCCAGCUGUCUGCCAUGGCCAAUGUGGCUAAGAAGGUGUCCUGGUCGGGUAGGGAGCAUGUGGAGGAGGACGGGGAGAACACGCCGCUGCUCAAUGGGACCAGCUCUGCUGCUGCUCAGCCAGUCAGACAGUAUUCAAGUCCGAGCCUGUUCCGCGUUGGCCACCUGAGCACGGUUGACCUCACCGAUGAGAACCAAGAGCUGGAGGAAACAGAACUGACCACCACGUUUACAAAAGAAAUCCCCCGCAAUGAGAACCUCCUGUCCCUCAAAUACGAGAGUUUGGACUAUGAUAACAGUGAAAACCUGCUGUUUAUGGAGGAAGAACGCAGGAUAAACCAUGCUGCAUUCCGGACAGUGGAGGUAACCCGCUGGGUCAUAUGCGGCUUGAUCGGAAUUUUCACUGGACUCAUUGCCUGCUUCAUAGACAUCCUGGUAGAGAAACUGGCCGGGGUCAAGUACCAAGUGAUCAAAGACAACAUUGACAAAUUCACAGAGAAAGGAGGCCUGUCAUUCUCGCUGCUGCUAUGGGCAGCGUUGAACUGUACCUUUGUCAUGGUCGGUUCUCUCAUGGUCGCCUACAUUGAACCUGUGGCAGCCGGCAGUGGCAUUCCGCAAAUCAAGUGUUUUUUAAAUGGAGUCAAGAUCCCACACGUUGUAAGACUCAAGACGUUAAUGGUAAAGGUUGUUGGGGUCAUAUUAUCAGUAGCUGGUGGGCUGGCAGUUGGAAAGGAAGGUCCCAUGAUUCACUCAGGAGCUGUGGUUGCAGCCGGAAUUUCACAAGGAAGAUCGACCUCCUUAAAGAAGGAUUUUAAGAUCUUUGAAUACUUUCGCAGAGACACGGAAAAGAGAGACUUUGUGUCAGCGGGAGCUGCUGCCGGGGUCUCUGCGGCGUUUGGCGCCCCCGUUGGGGGUGUGCUUUUCAGCUUGGAGGAGGGAGCCUCCUUCUGGAAUCAGCUGCUGACAUGGAGAAUAUUUUUUGCCUCCAUGAUCUCCACCUUCACCCUGAACUUUUUCCUGAGCAUUUACAACCAGAAGCCCGGCGACCUCUCGAAUCCCGGCUUAAUCAACUUCGGCAGGUUUGACACAGACGAGAACAGCUAUCAGUACUUUGAGCUUCCAAUCUUCAUGUUUAUGGGAGUAGUAGGCGGCAUGCUGGGAGCUCUGUUCAACGCCUUAAACCACUGUCUCACUACCUUCAGAAUAAGGUAUAUGCAUCGGCGCUUCCUGCAAGUGAUAGAAGCCAUGCUGGUGGCAGCCGUUACAGCAACCGUGGCUUUCGUGACCAUUUACUAUUCCACCGACUGCCAGCCACUGAGGCAAGAUGAUACCGAUUAUCCCUUGCAGCUGUUCUGCUCAGACGGUGAAUACAACGCCAUGGCAUCUGCAUUCUUCACCACGCCAGAGAAAAGUGUCCGUCGCCUCUUCCACGAUCCGCCAGGUUCUUUCAACCCUCAGACGCUGGGCGUGUUCACAAUCCUGUAUUUCUUCCUGGCCUGCUGGACGUACGGACUGACAGUGUCUGCUGGUGUUUUCAUCCCUUCCCUGCUGCUUGGGGCUGCCUGGGGCAGGCUUUUUGGCAUUCUAUUAACAAUCGUUCCUAAUGGAGUUACAUGGGCCGACCCUGGGAAGUACGCUCUGAUGGGAGCGGCAGCUCAGCUGGGUGGCAUCGUCAGGAUGACAUUAAGUCUCACCGUCAUUAUGGUGGAAGCCACGGGAAACGUCACCUACGGGUUUCCCAUCAUGCUCGUCCUGAUCACAGCCAAGCUGGUGGGGGAUUAUUUUGUAGAGGGUCUGUAUGACCUCCAUAUCAAGCUGCAGAGUGUCCCAUUCCUUCAUUGGGAAGCCCCUGUGACGUCCCACUCUCUGGCUGCUAGGGAAGUCAUGAGCACCCCUGUUGUUUGGCUGAGGAGGAGAGAAAAGGUCGGCGUCAUCGUGGACAUACUCAGCGACACAUCGUCCAAUCACAACGGCUUCCCUGUGGUUGAAAAUACAGUGGACAGCAGCCGGCCCUCCAGGCUAUGUGGGCUGAUCCUCAGGUCGCAGCUGAUUGUCCUCCUCAAACACAAGGUGUUUGUGGAGAGAGAAAAUCUGAGCCUGAUACAGAGACACCUAAAGCUGAAAGAUUUCAGAGACGCCUACCCACGCUUUCCCCCCAUCCAGUCGAUCCAUGUGUCUCAGGAUGAGAGAGAGUGCCAGAUGGAUCUGACGGAGUUUAUGAACCCCACUCCCUAUACAGUACCCCAGGAAGCCUCUCUACCGCGAGUAUUCAAGUUAUUCCGCGCCCUCGGCCUCCGGCACCUCGUUGUGGUGGACAAUCAUAACAGAGUGGUUGGUCUGGUAACGAGAAAAGAUCUUGCUCGGUAUCGGAUAGGUAAAAACGGCCUGGAAGAACUGGAUCUGGCCCAGACGUGAUACUGUCCUACCUAUUCUUUGUGCUUUCCUUGGAAUGGACCUUCAGCUCUCUGGGAACCAACUGCACUGCCCGACACGAAGCUUCCGAUCAAAGCUGUUUGGGAUUUUGUUCCCAGAUACAAGAGGUUCCCCCAGACCCUCCCUUUAUUAAUAAUGGGCCUUGUCUUUGCCAGAGUAGUGUGCUUCUCAUGGAGUUGCUAUCAAAUCCUUCAUUUCACCCUAAACUAUGACUAUGCAUCGACUCCUCUGACCAAUCCAAAAGCUCCUCCUGGUUCUACGCUGAUUUUAAACUAAAUAAUAAUGUCUAUGCACAACAGGAACUGCGCUUCCUGUACUUUUUAUUUGGCAAGAAUAUGGACUUUCCCAGGCUUGCUGCAUUCUGAUUGGUUGAAACUGUUACAAAGGCAACCCUGGCCUCCAAUGAGGUGGCAAAACAACUACUGACACCACCCCACACGCUGACUAAUCACUGGAGUUCUGAACACCAGACAAAAACAUAGUUUGCUUCUUUUUUUUUUUUUAAUAUCUUCUCUACCUGUAUAAAAAAUUUAGUUUUUUGCACUGAA